UGCUGGUGAAAUAAAUUAUUGUUCGCUUAAUUGCUUUCUGCAGCAAGAUGUACUGCCUGACGUACAUACCGAUGCUGCCGCAGGAGAUAACGAACCACUCCCCACGGGGAAACAGGAUAGGAAUGAUCUCGAUUUAUGUGUUCUCUUUCACGGAACUGUGAAUUUGAAUUAAGAUAGUGCGAGUAGUAGUGUCCGAUACCGCCAUGUUCCUUCAAUGUUCAGAGAGUCAAUGCUCGGUUUUGCCGACUCCUUCCACAUCGAAUCAACUAGUCGUCCCUUAACAUCGCUUUAAUCAGUUGCGUGUGAUGUCCAGCUCCAUUGAAGCGUGUAGUACGCGCAAGUGAUAAGAGCCUCACUAGCUGUAGCAUUUUACCUAGAACAAGCCAGUACACAAACUAGCGCCUUAGUGGCGAAUCAGCUGAAGCGAUGCAGUUUAUUGUGACAACGUUACUCUUAGGAACGAUACACGUGACUGUGGGCGGUUUUUUGGAUUGGUUCCGAGGUAAUCAGGAGCAGGAGGUUCAUCGAGUUGGACCAAUCCACAUCGAGGUGCUCCUGCCAAAGGGUAUCCGCCUGUGGACACACUACAAUCCCGACGUCAAACUGUUCGGCGUGGAACUUUACGUGAAAUACAACGAAGGUCAAACGGAAGCCCUGGAAUGUGCCCUCUGUCGGAAUACGACGGUGCCGGUGUAUGGCAAGUUUCUGCUGCAAGAUGAUGAAGUAGAGGCCAGGGCCGGUGACGUCCUGGAGUAUGUCAUCAUUACUUCGGAUGGAGAAACGGACCUGAGGCAUACAAAGCGUCGUACAGUAGUGCAUGAUGAUCUAAUACGAACCCGCGAUCGGCCGUGUGAUUGUACUGAACGGCAAAGCCCGGACCUGCUACUGCUAGAACCUGCCACAGAGGUGGAAUUGCUGGAACGGAUGAUUCAUCGUGUGUUAGCUAACCGUAGCCGAUCGUGCGAGUCCCUCUCCAAGUGGUUGGUGUUACGAGUGGAACCAAGGAAUGAACUGGCCGAUGUGGAGCAGCACGUUCGUACGGUGGUGCACCGAAUGAUGCGUGUGGCCGUACUGCUCGACAUGGAUGGUGCUAGACUGGCCAUUUCCAACCCAAACGAGCUGAUAGACCGGGUCGAGGACCAUCCGGAUGGGAUUGCAUUCCGUGUGCGAUCGGUAAUGGAGAAGCUGAAGCUCCUGGAACUUCUUCGAUCCAGCCGGCUAGUGGUGGACUAUGAUGGGAUCUUUAGUAGGGCGCCGAACAGCGAACAGGAAAUGGAUUGAAGAAGAUAGUAUGAAGAAAAAAAACGAA